AUGCGUAGACGCGAGCUACGCCCAUAUGGUCAUUCCGGCCUUUCCCUGACUUGUUUUGCCGUGUUCCUUUCCCAGUCCACCUCCGCCACCAAGAAACCGCGGCUCUCUCGCGACCGUGCCUCUGUGCAACAGCGUGCCAUCGUGCAGGCAAGAAGGGAGCACCUGGACAACACGCUCGCUGUCCUUCAACAGAAGCACGAGGAUUUGACCGAUCGUAUGAUAGGGCACCUCGACCGCGCGAUGUUAAGCGAUCGUGAGAAGUUCCUCGAGCACUUCUACAAAUUCGAGGAGCUCGACCAGCCGGGGUGGGAUACAGUCGUGGCCUAUCCCGGCUGCCUGUGGGGACAACCUCCCUGUCUCAGUGGUCACGUACUUGGCCAACCUCAAGACUCGGUGGAAGCCGGAUUGGAGUGCCGCUUCGGAGAUUAUUGUCGAAGCACGCAGUGCCAAGGAGGCCGCGGCCUUCUAUGGUGGCAAUCAUAAAUUUGAUUUGCCUCUGAUGAUGCAUCCGAUGCAAUGA